AUGCAGUCCUCAAGCCUGACUGGACGGGAGGUCCUGACGCCCUUCCCAGGGCUGGGCACCGCGGUGGCCCCAGCUCAGGGGGGCGGCCACCUGAAGCAGUGCGACCUGCUGAAGCUGUCCCGGCGGCAGAAGCAGCUCUGUCGGCGGGAACCUGGCCUGGCUGAGACCUUGCAGGAUGCUGCCCACCUCAGCCUGCUCGAGUGCCAGUUCCAAUUUAGGCAUGAGCGCUGGAAUUGCAGCCUGGAGGGGAGGACGGGCCUGCUCAAGAGAGGUUUCAAGGAGACGGCCUUCCUGUACGCGGUGUCCUCGGCUGCCCUCACCCACACUCUGGCCCGGGCCUGCAGCGCCGGGCGCAUGGAGCGCUGCACCUGCGACGACUCUCCAGGCCUGGAGAGCAGGCAGGCCUGGCAGUGGGGCGUGUGCGGCGACAACCUCAAGUACAGCACCAAGUUCCUGAGCAACUUCCUGGGGCCCAAGAGAGGAAGCAAAGACCUGCGGGCACGGGCAGACGCCCACAACACCAACGUGGGCAUCAAGGCCGUGAAGAGUGGCCUCAGGACCACAUGUAAGUGCCACGGCGUGUCGGGCUCCUGUGCCGUGCGCACCUGCUGGAAGCAGCUCUCCCCGUUCCGAGAGACGGGCCAGGUGCUGAAGCUGCGCUACGACUCAGCGGUCAAGGUGUCCAGUGCCACCAACGAGGCCUUGGGCCGCCUGGAGCUGUGGGCACCCGCCAGGCUGGACAGUGCCACCAAGGGCCUGGCCCCCCGGCCCGGGGACCUGGUCUACAUGGAGGACUCACCCAGCUUCUGCCGGCCCAGCAAGUACUCCCCUGGCACGGCAGGCCGAGUGUGCUCCCGGGAAGCCAGCUGCAGCAGCCUGUGCUGCGGGCGGGGCUAUGACACCCAGAGCCGCCUGGUGGCCUUCUCCUGCCACUGCCAGGUGCAGUGGUGCUGCUACGUGGAGUGCCAGCAGUGCGUGCAGGAGGAGCUCGUGUACACCUGUAAGCACUAGGUCUGUUGCCCAGUGUGCCAGCCGGGCACUGCCAGGACCUCCCUCAGUGCCCAGCACCCAGCUGCCCAGCUGGCCCCUCGGGGCAGAUACUCCUGCAUGCAUGCGCUCAUCGACGUGCGUGCCAGGCACACAUGCUCCUCUCACCAUUGCGCCUGGCAGCCUCCCCCUUCCUCAACACUCAGCCGUGAGAGGCGCGGGCUCCACCCUGAACCCCGGGGUCCCCCGUCUUUUUUGAGGACUUGGAGCAGGAAGGCGGAGUGGGAAAGAUGUGGAAGGAAACGAGAGAGACCAGGAGGAGGGCAGGCCCGAGGUGUCAGAGGGGACGGAAGAAAUCUCCCGCCGUCUCCGUUCCUAGGAUAAGUGGCCUAGAGCCGGGAAGAUGCAGGGAGUUGAGCUUCUGCGUGAAGAAGGCACAGGGAGGCAGUGCCAGCUGGAAGCCAAGGCUGGAGCCUGGCUGGGAUGGGCCAGUCCCUCCCGUGGGCCCUGCCCAGGUCUCAGCGAACCCAGGGACCACAAACCAUCAUUGCCUAGAGAGGAGGGACAAGGCAGGGGAUGGGAGCUGUCGGUUUGGAGAAAGCUUUCUGGGCUUGCGUGGACCAAGUCAGAUACUGCGUCCUUGAUUAUGUUUUUAAAAUCUGCCUGUGCUGAGGCCUCUUUCUUGUCUUGAGAGCUGUUACCUGCACCCACCCAGCCCUGCUCAGCAAGAGCACCAGUGGGUGCAAGGCCCAGAGGGAGCGCUGUCCCCGGGGGGGGAUCUGAUAGUGCAUCGAGGCUGCACAGGGAGACAGUGGGCCCUCCCAGUUUUCUCUGGGACACAGACCCUUUAGUCCCAGCCCAGGAGAGGGUGACAGCCCCCUGGUGCCAGGCAGGGAUGUGGUGCCAGGCAAGCUCAGUGUCUCGGCUUCCCCUUGAGCUGGCUUUGGUCCCCAUGGCUGGGGUCCCCCUGUGCUGUGAGGCCCCAACACAGUUGACAUUUGUGACACAGAAGAGUUGGCUUAUGCGUCCUGAUUCUGGUUACAUUUCUACUCUGGCGGCUACUCAUCUACUUAAGGUUUUUGCCCUGGGGAGGGAUAGGGACAUGAAAGUCUUUGC